CCUCGCCCUGCCUUCUCCCCCCUUCUCCACUCCCACUGCCAGCUCCGGCGGCCUUUCCCCGUCCGGAUCCUAACCCUCAUGGUACUUUGACAAAGCCCACCAGUGCUACCGUCCGGCGGAGUGUACAUAACGGAAGCACGGAGCGGAUCGAGAAUGGAAGCCGAGGACUACGCGGCCGGGUGCUGCUUCUCCCUCAUGUGCCAAGAGGACGGCGCCGACCUCGGCGACGGCCUCGCCGACGACGACGCCGGCAAGCUGCUGCUGGUGUACAGUGCCGGCGACGAUAACGGCGGCGAGGAGGAAGACGAGGAGGGGUACUUGGACCACCUGGUGUCCAAGGAGAGCAGCUUCUGCUCCGUCGAUCCGUCGUCUUCCAUGGCGUCCGAGGACUGGUUCCAGUGCGCGCGGCGCCACACCGUCCGGUGGAUCCUUGAGACGCGCGGGCACUUCGGGUUCUCCCACCGCACGGCGUACGUGGCGAUUGCCUACUUCGACCGCUUCUCCCUCCGGCGAUGCGUCGACAGGUCGGUGAUGCCGUGGGCGGCGCGGCUGUUGGCCAUCGCGUGCGUGUCGCUGGCGGCGAAGAUGGAUGAGUGCCAGGCGCCGGCGCUGUCGGAGUUCCGCGCCGACGACGACUACGAUUUCAGCUGCGACUCCAUCCGCCGCAUGGAGAUGCUCGUGCUCUCCACGCUCGACUGGCGGAUGGGCGCGGUCACGCCCUUCGACUACCUCCCCUGCCUCUCCUCCAGGCUCCGGCGAUUCAACGGCGGCGGCCGCGGAGGUGGCGGCGGCCUCAUCGCCGUCAAGGCCGCCGCCCUCAUCUUCUCCGCCGCCGAAGGUUGGUUACUUGACAACCACAUCGAUCCAUGGACCGUGCUCUGCUUGUAUCAACUGACCGUGCUCUGUUCUUGCAGUGGCGAGCGUGCUCGACCACCGGCCGUCCACCGUGGCCGCCGUCGCCGUCUUGGCGGCCACCCACGGCACGCUCACGAGGGAGCCACUGGAAUCCAAGAUCAGCAGCCUCUCCCCGACCUGCCUCCUCGAGAAGGAGGAUGUAUAUGCCUGCUACACCAUGAUGCUGCGCGAUCCGUCGUCGCCGAGCAAGGCGGCCAAGAGAUCGGCGUCCGACCGGGGCGACGCCGACAGUACAUACGCGCGCCUGGACGCCGCCUCCUUCUCCGUCGCGGCGGCGAUGAACAACAACAAGAGGGUGAGGCUGGAGCUGCCGGCCGUCCACCGGUGAUCCAAGCCCGCGCUUGUUUUUCCCUAGGUGUCCAGCCGCGCGGCCGGAGCUUCAUCCAUUAGUUGGUCGUCGCAGCAGUUGCAACUCCGGCCGUUUUCACCCACGAUUUCCUUCCCAUUUCUCUAGAUUUUUUUAGUUCUUUGAUGAUCGGCGCACCGCCAAACAACCGGUUAUUGGCAGUGCGGCCGGAUUGGAUUGGUUUGAUUCCCGCGUGCCAUCGAGUGGAGACAAGAAGAAGGAAAAGAACAAAAAAAUAAUCAAGAAGGUGGCGAGCUCGAUGAUGCCCGAGCUUUCCUACGGAGAGGAGAGCGUAAAGCGGCGCAGGAUCGGAGGGAAAGCUUGGCUGGCCGGCUGCAAAGUUGCACGUCGGAUUCCACUCCACUUCCCGGGAGGCGGCAGCGGCGGCGGCGGCGGCAGCUGGCUGGUGUAGUGUAGGCGUAGAGAAUAAAUAUCUCUGAAUUCAUAUGGAGGAUGUAGAACGGUGGUGGUGGGCGGUGCUGUUGUUGUUGCAAGUUGCAAGCAAAGCAAGUACCAUGGUCCAUUGCUCCUUGAAAAUUCUGAUUUGGUUCAAAGGCGGGCUAGGCCUUUUGCUUCCUUCCCCACCCCUGCUCAAAGUGGGCGCGCACACAUGUACCAGUGGUGGUGGUGGUGGUGGUGGUGGAGGCUGCUCGCAGAGCAGCGCUGCACUUGCAUGUGGUUUUUAGCGGUUCAUUCUGCUACGUACUGCUUACUGAACUGGCUUUUGUAAUCCCUGUUCGUUUUGGAAAGAUGGCUGGUACGAGAAUAAUCCACGCAUGCAAUUCUUCGCCUC